AUGGCGGAAGCAGCGUGCUCCUCAGUAUCCAGUAAUGGUCCCAGCAAGAUACUCACCCGACUGGACAAGCACUUCCUCCACUUCUGGGAGCAACUGGAAAUCAAGCUGCAUCAGCCUACUCCACCCCAGCCAAGCACCUCCGCACAUCGGGGUCUCCCUCAGAAGGCUCCCGCAUGGCCGCGGAAAAACGCACGGUAUGGCAUGACGACUUACCCCAAACCGACACACUGCUGGACCCUGCGAGAUGACAGAGGAGCUAUCCACAGUUUGGAGGGUAGAUGGCACAACCCAUCUGGCUCCAACAUGGCGGAGAUAUCAUCGGAGAGGUGGAGGGGCAGCGAGUGUACCCAUCUCUUCUUCACACCUCCACUAAGGACGGUCAGGUCUGCAGUAUUCCUCCUGGAAGCAGAACUGUGA